AAAAAACUUCAAUGCGAAAUAUCUAAAGAUCCUAGACGUGAUUCGGUGAUUGCGUUGGAAGCAAUUUUGACCCCGAAGAUUGAGGAGCUACGAAAGAGACUGAAGCGUUCGUUAUGCCCGACCGCUGACAUCGACGAUUUCGUCCUUCUUGACCAUCUAUCUCACGGCUCUUUCGGAACAGUAAGUAAGGUGAAACAUAAAAAGACGCAAAUAGUUUAUGCAUUGAAAGCUCAAAAAAAAAAGUAUAUUCUACCUUCAAUGGCGGAGACGGAAAUGAAGCUCCAAUAUGCCAGCAAUUUCGAAUUCAUCGUUAAACUUGUAUUCGGAUUCUUUCAAGACGACGAAAACGUCUAUUCCGUUAUGGAAUUUGUACCCGGUGGAGACUUUUUCGAUUUGCUUGAUAGUGGGACGUACAUUGGAGAGCACGGUGGCGCCAUCUUUACGGCGCAGGUCGUUCUUGCGUUCGAAUACCUCCACUCCGCCAAUAUUAUCUUCCGAGACUUUAAGCCGGAGAACGUUAUGAUCAAUAAUGACGGCUACAUAAAACUAACAGAUUUCGGCCUUGCGAAACAACUCGAAAAAGGCUGUCGUACUUAUUCGCUUUGUGGGACAGCCGUUUAUAUGGCUCCGGAGUACUUUCUAAGUAAAGGAUACAAAACGAGUGUGGAUUGGUGGGCUUUGGGCGUAUUUACCUAUGCGCUUUUCUGUCGCCAGAUGCCGUUCGUAGCCAGCUCGGAGAAUGGGUUACUCAAAAAGAUCAUGGAGUGCGAUUGUUAUCUACCCAACGAUGGUAGCCUUAGCCAAAGAGCCGUGAGCUUUAUUGAAGAUCUACUACAAAAGAAGCCAGAACGCAGAUUAGGAAUCACCAGGGAAGGGGUGAAGACGGUAAAAAACCACGAAUUCUUUUAUAAUAUUCUUUGGGAUUGUUUGUACAAUAAGCGGUACCAGCCUCCAGUAUCAAUCGUCCUCUCCAAUCGUGAAUCGAAACGGCUCCGCCAAUCAAAUCUAUUUAAGACGAACACCUGCAUUUGUUCAAAAGCGAUUCGAAAAUCAACGAAAAAUGUAGUGGAUGAUUAAAUGCUAAACGCUUUUCAUGAUCGAAUUUAAGGAGUAGGCUAUUCUCAAAGAAUAAAUAAUCGUUAUUUUUUUAAAUGAAGGCAUUAUUUAAUUGAUAUGUGCUCUGUCUGCGCUCGUGAUCUAGGAUAAGUGGAGCGGGCAUACACUAAGUCAGUGGCCGAUAUCUCGAACCCAUUAGUAGUAGUUACAUGUAUGCAUUUACACACCAUUGAUAUAAUCAUCAUGUUACAGUCACGUUGUAAUUAUCUUUUAGUAUUAUUAUACUUUAUUAUAUUAACGAGUCGCGUCGCCAGCUUGAUAUUCCUUACCACACACAAAACUAAAUUCAUGAUCGUUGGUUCAAUGAUCUCCAUGGCCAUUAUCGUUGUGCAGUCGCCGGACGAACUCCCACAUUCUCUGUGCAUCCGUGCAUUUGGCUACCCCUUCUGCUGUAGAGACGUUUUGAUAGACUCGAAGAGGCUUAAUAUGCAUUAAAACUAAUGGUUUAGUGACUCCAUCCGCCCUCCUAUCUCAGUCCAAUGGCGUACAACUAAGUGUUGAAAGCAUUCCUGCUCUAUGCAGUGCCUUCCGAUGCAGCGCAGCGCGCUCUGGGCAUCUUGUCACUCCACACUGACUUUUGGAGCAUCCAAAAUGAUGUAAACAAUCUUUGAUCUCUGACAUCGAAGGCAAAAUUUUAAAAAGGCUUAAAUAAAAUUUAGAAAAACAUUAAGUAAUAUCUCUAACCUCAAAAAAAGAAUAAAUGCAAAGUGAAGUUCAGUUCAACAUGGUGCAGCGGUCUGAAUUCUAGGACAUGCCACCACUGAAAAAUCAACGUGCAUCCAAAAACAGUUUUCUUAAAAUGAAUUUUAAAAAAAAGUCAGGUAAGAAUAUCUAGUAUUGUUGGAAAACUUAAUACUGGCAAGCUUCAAUAACAUGUUGUUCUGUGUACCCCACCAAAGGUAGAAUUUAUCUGCGUCAUAAGCCCGUCCAUAGCUUCAAGACUCAUACUUUUUUGUAAGAUGGUAAGCAAUUAAAAUUGAUCAUAGCGGCCGCAUAAGUCAACAUCGAAACACCUCUAGAUUCAGUUAUCGGUUCUUCCAUUCAUCUGCUUUGUGAAGUAUAAUCUGCUGUAAAUCUUCGCGAGUGAUGUAUGUAAGACCACCGAUUAUGCACAUCAUAAUUCCUAUGGCAUGUAAAUCCUGCAAACGCCGCCAAUGUGUGCUUCUGAACAUGGCGAAAAGAGUACUGGAACUAUAACUGAUCUUGUUGUUUAUCUCAAUGAGAUGAGACUCUUAAUCCAUCACUUGAUUCAGUGACUUACUGAUGUACAACGCUCUGCACUUAAUAGGACUUCACCUUUUGUUCUACCAGGCUAUGAAAGUGAAUCUUCAAAGGACGGUAGGACAGCAGGCUCACUCGACAGUUCAGGCGCAUAAGUAUUAUGCUAUUAUUUCCGUAUUGAAGACACUUACGUAAGCUACUCUUGCAAUUGAAAGCUUUGUUUACAAAGCGCCGUUGCUGCCAUUGCUCUUUUAUGCACAUUCGAUAUGGGGAAAUUGUUGUAUGGAAAUAUCUUGCAGGCCUCGAAUCAUUCAGAGUUAAGUUCUGAAGGCAUAGUCGGCAGGAGCCGCAUCUGUGAAUGAUCUUUUAGCUCAAACAGAGAACAGUCUUCGCCAACGUGCUUUCUAGAUAUCAGAAGGUACGGUUUCGUCAGGAGGCUUCCUUGACAUCUAUCGCCGGCUUCAGGCGCUCUAUCGCGCUAUCACGUUCAGAAGCCGCUUCGUUGUUAAUAAAUCUAGUGCUUGCACACGCUCUUAGUGCUACUACCCCUAUUAGUCGACGAUACCUUCCUCGCCAAAUUCGGUUUUUCAACUUAUUGAAAAAAUUCAUAAGCUUCUAAACAAGUUCUCAAGUAUGUAAAUUGAAUACGAGUUGAAUAAUUAUGCAGCAAGAAAUAUUACAAUCCUCGAUGUAACUAAUAAUCGUAACGGUCUCAUAGUACCACAAGGAAUAGAUUCUUAUAAAAGAAGGAUUCAGCGAAUGCACCAAACUCGAAAAGGGAUGCGAUAAAAUAAACGGAGUUUUUUCCGUAGCUAUAAUCAAACCCUUAUACCCAGACCUUACCUGAUGAAUAAACUUACCUUAAGUCGAUCUUGACCAGUGAAGCGUUUUUCAGUCAAGGCGCAAGAUUGCUAUUUAGCAUUGUGGUUCAUCUGAAAAACAAAACGGCUAAAACAGAGAAAUAUCCGCGCCCACUAAAAAAAUGUUGAUGUUCCCAUCUAUGGUUUUAGAAAUGCGAAUGACUUAAAAAAGUACGAAAACUGACCCGAAGUUAGGAAUAUACCGGAACCGAAUGAAUGGGUAAAUAAGAACCGCAGGACCACAAAAGCAUAUAUAACCCGAAUUCCAUAUGACGAAGACACUGCUCUCCAUCAGGCAAAGGAACUCAAUAAACACU